AUGUUCGUGUCGAGAACGUUAUCGUCAAAGAUAAGGAGCCGCGGUGAUAUUGUUCAAAAUGUUGCUUCCAGUGGAAUAACAUCUUUGCUCUUGCCGGGAGGCAGGACGGCGCAUUCCAGAUUUGCUAUACCGCGCUCUUUAAACGAAGAUUCCACGUGCAAUAUAUCGCAAGGCAUUGACCUUGCUGAGCUUAUAAUAAGGAGCAAAUUCAUAAUAUGGGAUGAAGCACUGAUGACACAUAAACACUGUUUUGAGGCUUUGGACAAAACCAUGAGGGAUCUAUUGAGGUUUGCCAUACCGGGUAGUGCUGAAAAGACUUUUAGUAGAAAGACAAUAGUUUUGGGCGGCGAUUUUAGACAAGUGCUACUUGUUAUUCCGAAAGUAACAAGACCAGUAGUUGUCGGAGCAACUAUUAAUUCUUCAUACAUGUGGACAAAUUGCAAGGAAUUUAGGUUCACCAAGAACUUGAUACUACGGACCCUAACUUCAGAGGAAGAUAGACAUACGGUUGAUUGUUUUCAAAAUAGAUUGCAGAGCGAUCCUCUUGCCGACUUUAGAUGUUGA